AUGUCUCUCAACUUUCAAGGAGAUAACUCUACUACCAUUUCACUUGGUCCAGAAGUCAAAGACAUCAAGUUCAAAUAUACGUCUGGAGAUGAUGCCACGAUCGCAGAAGGCAAAAAGGCCAACCUCAAAGGUGAAGCAUAUGAAGCAUUAGUCACCUAUAACAACGACACUAUCAAGCUCUUCAAGGUCACCAGUGGAUAUCUUUUCAAGGGCUAUGCCUCCGCCAUCGUCAAAUUCUCGAUUGCGCAGACUACGAUCUCCGUCAUCGCCGAGAAUGGUCUUGGAGGAGAGCUCAAGCUUGUCGUUUAG